CUUAAAGAGUUAGAAUUAGGUAAUAGGUGUCACAAUUGCGUUAAAUUCAACCCCAUUUAUUGUCUCUCUCAACAAAACCAACAUUUCCUCAUAAAAUUUCUCAAUCUCACACUUUCACUUCACCCAACAUAUCUCCAUCUUCUCACUUUCUCUCUCCUCCACAACAAUGGCGGCAUUCACCGCAACCACCACCGCCGCAGCAGCAACCCGCCUAUUCUCUCUCUCCACCCCAAAACCCUCCCUCUUCCGCCGCAACAACAGCCUCCUCCACUCCACUCUCACCCCUUCAUUCUCCCUCAACCUCAAAUCCUCUUCCUCCCUUAAACCCCUCAAAUACUCCACCAAACCCACUAUCAACGCCGCCAUUUCCGUCGGUUCCAAGCUUCCCGACGCUACCCUCUCCUUUCUCGACGCUUCCGACGAAGUCCAAACCGUCACAAUCUCCGCUCUCACUACCUCCAAGAAAGCCAUCCUCUUCGCUGUUCCCGGCGCUUUUACCCCCACCUGCUCCCAGAAACAUGUCCCUGGUUUCGUCGCUAAAGCUUCUGAGCUUAAAUCUAAAGGCGUCGAUAUUAUUGCCUGCAUUUCUGUUAACGACGCUUUUGUUAUGAAAGCGUGGAAAGAGAAUUUGAAUGUUAAUGAUGAAGUUAUGAUGUUAAGCGACGGUAAUGGUGAUUUUACUCGUGCGAUUGGUGCUGAGCUUGAUUUGAGGGAUAAGCCGAUUGGAUUAGGUGUUCGAUCAAAGAGGUAUGCUAUGUUGGUUGAAGAUGGUGUUGUUAAGGUGCUUAAUAUGGAAGAUGGCGGCGCUUUUACUUUUAGCGGCGCUGAGGAUAUGCUCAAGGUUCUCUAAUUUUUGGGAAUUAGGGUUUUUUUUUUCUGGAGUUUCAAAUGUGAGUUUUUGUUUUGUUUUUUUGAAUAAUGUUGUAUUAAGCAAACCAUUGUUUUAGAUUAAUGUAAUUGGUUUGUUGAAGUUUAUAAUUAAUACUAGUGUUAUCUGUUGUUUACUUGAUUAAUGAUUGUUGGAAACUUGGAAUGAUAGAUUGGGUUGGAGUAGAACCCUUGAACUUCUGAUUUAUCGAAAUUUAUUUGAAUUUUGGGAUUGAUGGAA